AAAAUGCGGGAGAAAGGACGGUUGGAUAAUCUAGUUUUGCUAGUUUGUCCGAACGGUGACGAGCCGACGAGAGCGCGCAUCAACACUGUGACGCAUUUGUCACCGGGUGAAAUACCAAGCGGUCGAACAUUCCCGACGUGUUACGUGGUGUCGAGUUUUUGGAACGAGUGAAAAACGUUUGCAGUUAAACAGAUUUGUGUCGUGAGAAAAAGUCAGCUCACUUUCCGUGAAAGCGGAGGAGGGGAGCUCCGAGCAGGCGAUCCAGGAUCCUGAGAGCAGGGAGGAGGCCCACAAUAUGAAAGUUCAGCACAGACUCCAUUUUGACUCGGCAGAACAUUCGAGAAAGCGAAAGACAGAGGCCUAAGGGAAGGUCGGUGUUGGUGUUUCGCCUCUCAGGCCGACAGCAGAUGGGAAGAUGAGUGUUUGUGUGGAGGAAGAGGAGGACAGAGCAGAGUCUCCAGUGUCCAGCUGUCUGUCUCUGAAGAGUGACAUGUCCAAAGAUGUGCCUGUAUUCUUCAGUAAAGAACCUGGACCUUCAGACGAGCCAAUUAAGUACAUGAGAGAGAGGGCGGACUCUCCAGUGCCCAGCUGUCUGUCCAUGAAGAGUGACAUGUCCAAAGAUGAGCCUCCAUUCUUCAGCAGUGAACCUGGACCCUCAGACAAACAAGUUCAGUACAGCAGGCAGAGGGCGGAGUCUCCGGUGUCCAGCUGUCUGUCCAUGAAGAGUGACAUGUCCAAAGAUGAGCCUCCAUUCUUCAGCAGUGAACCUGGACCCUCAGACGAACAGCCGACAGCAGAUGGGAAGAUGAGUGUUUGUGUGGAGGAAGAGGAGGACAGAGCAGAGUCUCCAGUGUCCAGCUGUCUGUCUCUGAAGAGUGACAUGUCCAAAGAUGAGCCUGCAUUCUUCAGUAAAGAACCUGGACCUUCAGACGAACCAGUUCAGUACAGCAGGCAGAGGGCGGACUCUCCAGUGCCCAGCUGUCUGUCCAUGAAGAGUGACAUGUCCAAAGAUGAGCCUCCAUUCUUCAGCAGUGAACCUGGACCCUCAGACAAACAGAAGAGGAAGAGGAGUCCUGUCAGUGUGCAGGAGCAGCCGUUCUGCUGCGUUUUUUGUCACAAUGUCCUGAAGGAACCGGUCUCCACCAGCUGUGGACACUUGUUCUGCAUACAGUGCAUCACCUCAUACUGGGACCAGUCUGCUCCAUCAGGAGACUUCUCCUGUCCCCAGUGUGGAGAAAGAUCCAGAACGAGAGCUGGACUGCUGACAGCCAGCCAGGCCAGCACUGCAGAAAUGACUGGUGAUCUGCAGGAGGUUUCAGAUGAACAUAAAAUCAGUCUGAGGAGGAGAUGUGAAUAUGUGACUGAAGGAAUCGAUGGCACAGGAAGUCGAGCCCUCCUCAACAGGAUCUACACUGAGCUCUACAUCAUAGAGGGACAGAGUGAAGAGGUUAAUACCCAACAUGAGGUGAGGCAGCUUGAGACACCUUCCAAGAUCAAGACUCUCUGUGACACUCCAAUCAAGUGCAACCACGUCUUUAAAGCCUUGCCUGGCCAGCAGAGACACGUCAGAGUCGUUCUGACGAACGGCGUCGCUGGCGUCGGAAAAACCUUCUCAGUGCAGAAGUUCUGUCUGGACUGGGCAGAGGGCUUGGAAAACCAAGACGUCAGCCUGGUGAUUCUGCUUUCGUUCAGGGAGCUGAACUUGAUCAGAGAUGAGCAGUACAGUCUUCUGACGCUGCUCCGUGUUUUCCAUCCAACAUUACAGAAGGUGACAGCAGAGAAGCUCGCUGUCUGUAAGCUUUUGUUCAUCUUUGACGGCCUGGACGAAAGCAGACUUUCACUGGAUUUCCACAACAACGAGGUUUUGUCUGAUGUCUCGCAGAAGUCAUCAGUCAACGUGCUGUUGACAAACCUCAUCAAGGGGAAUCUGCUUCCCUCGGCUCUCGUCUGGAUAACUUCCAGACCCGCGGCGGCCAAUCAGAUCCCUCCUACGUGUGUUGACAGGGUAACAGAAGUACGAGGCUUCACUGAUGCCCAGAAGGAGGAGUACUUCAGGAGGAGAUUCAGUGAUGAAGAUCUGUCCAGCGGAAUCAUCUCACACAUCAAGACCUCCAGGAGCCUCCACAUCAUGUGUCAAAUCCCAGUCUUCUGCUGGAUCGCUGCGACCGUUCUAGGUCACAUGUUGAUGACAGACCAGAGAGGAGAGCUGCCCAAGACCCUGACUGACAUGUACUCCCACUUCCUGCUGGUUCAGACAAAGAGGAAGAAGCAGAAGUAUGUUGAGGAACAUGAGACGAGUCUACAGGGGCUGAUGGAGGCUGACAGGGAAGUCCUUCUGAAGCUGGGGAGGCUGGCGUUUGAACAUCUGGAGAAAGGAAACGUCAUGUUCUACCAAGAAGACGUGGAGCAGUGUGGUCUUGAUGUCACAGAGGCCCUGGUUUACUCAGGAGUUUGUACAGAGAUCUUCAAAAGAGAGUGCGUGAUCUUCCAGAAAUCGGUCUACUGCUUCAUUCAUCUGAGCAUUCAGGAGUUUCUGGCUGCCGUCUACAUGUUCCAUUGCUACAAGGACAAGAUCACAACAGUACUGAAGGCUUUUCUGGGACCGGACUACUGUGACUCACCCCUGGAUGUCUUUCUGAGUAGAACAAUGGACAAAUCCCUGAGCAGUGAAAAUGGCCACCUGGACCUGUUUGUUCGCUUCCUUCACGGUCUCUCUCUGGAGUCCAACCAGAGACUGUUAGCAGGCCUGCUGGGCCAGACGAACCGGACGGACCGGACGGACAACGGUCCAGAAGUCAUCCAGAGAGCCAUCGAAAACCUGAAGGGGAAGAGGACCAGUACUUUUCCAGACAGAAGCAUCAACAUCUUCCACUGUCUGAUGGAGCUGAAAGAUCACUCAGUACAUCAGGAGAUCCAAGAGUUCCUGAAGUCAGAGAACAGAUCACGGAAGGAACUCUCUGUGAUCCACUGCUCAGCUCUGGCCUGCAUGCUGCAGAUGUCAGAGAAGGUUCUGGAUGAGUUUGACCUGAAGAACUACAACACAACAGAGGAGGGACAGCAGAGACUGAUCCCAGCCGUGAGGAACUGUAGAAAGGCUAUACUCUCUGGCUGUCGACUCUCAGAGACUCAGUAUCAAGUUGUGGCCUCAGCGCUGAAGUCCAACCCCUCCCAUCUGAGAGAGCUGCAUCUGGAAUCCAACAAACUGCAGGAUUCAGGAGUGAUGCUGCUGUCUGCUGGACUGGAGAGUCCAAACUGUAGAUUGGAGACUAUGAGACUGAGUUACUGCAGUUUGUCAGAGAUCAGCUGUGCUUUUCUGGCCCUGGCUCUGAAGUCCAACCCCUCCCAUCUGAGAGAGCUGGACCUGAGCUACAACAAGCUGCAGGAUUCAGGAGUGGAGCUGCUGUCUGCUUUUCUGGAGAGUCCAGACUGCAGACUGAGGACUCUGAGAUUGAGGGGCUGCAGUUUGUCAGAGAUCAGCUAUCCGUCUCUGGCCUCAGCUCUGAAGUCCAACCCCUCCCAUCUGAGAGAGCUGGAGCUGAGCUGCAACAAGCUGCAGGAUUCAGGAGUGGAGCUGCUGUCUGCUUUUCUGGAGAGUCCAGACUGCAGACUGAGGACUCUGAGACUGAGUUACUGCAGUUUGUCAGAGAUCAGCUGUGCUUCUUUGGCCUCGGCUCUGAAGUCCAACCCCUCCCAUCUGAGAGAGCUGGAGCUGAGUGGAAACAAGCUGCAGGAUUCAGGAGUGGAGCUGCUGUGUGAUUUUCUGGAGAGUCCGGACUGCAGACUGAUGACUCUGAGACUGAGCGACUGCAGUUUGUCAGAGAUCAGCUGUGCUCGUCUGGCACAGUCCAACCCCUCCCACCUGACUGAGCUGGAGCUGACUAACAACGAGCUGGAGGAUUUAGGCCAGAAGCUGCUGUGUAAUUAUCUGGACAGUCCGCGCAGUAGACUGAAGAAGCUGAGCCUGUGGUGAUCCCUGUCAGAGUGCCACUGAUCAGAAAGGUGAUUGGCUGAGAGCCGCAGCAGCUUGUGUGCGGAGAGGCUCUGACUGGGCCAUGUUACUGGAAGGUAGAGUGGAGAGGAGAGCUUCAUCCAGCAGUGUGAACUGCUCUGGGAUCAGCUCCACUGAGACUCCUAUACUCCUUCUGCUCCACGCUCAGCGCCUCCUCCGCCUGGACAAGAGGAGACGGUGUGGAUUUAAGCGAAGCUUCAAACAGAAACGCACUUCUGUGUAACGUCAGCACUUUUAUAACCUUUGUCAUGCAGUAAAUACUGGAAAAUCAUUAGCACUUUUUGUUUGACAGUAAAUGAAUCAGCAAAAAAUAAGAACGCUAACUAUAAGUGCCAUUAUGAGUGCAAGAUAAUGUACAUGUUGUGUUUGAGGUGAUUGUCCCAAACAAACAAUACAGAAUGAAAAUAAUUUCAAGCUUAGUAUGCAUGGAAGAUUGUAAUUCAAUAUUUAAAGACACCCCAAAUUCAAAGGAAGAAAAUUAAUUUUCAGGAUGUAGGAGAGAUUCUGGUGAGUCACAUGUUUUGGUGGUUUCUGGGUUUAUUCCAUCAGAGAACUGUCGAGUAUUUUUGGCAUUUCUCAAGUAAAAACUCCUUCAACUUGGGGAAACUCCAGGAGAGAUCAAGAAGAAAAAUUCCCUCUCGUUCCCACUAAUGUUUAAACAGCUUAAAGAUUAAAAGAUGAUAACUAACUUCAAACGGAAGAAUCUUGUAAAUGAAAUUCAUGGAAUGGAAAGAAAAGAAACUGAAAAAUACAAAUCAAGUUCAUGUUUUGAUACAGAUGUGAAAAAUGAGUCUAAUGAUGCUCCAGUCAGAUGUGAUGACUAACACAGUAAUUAUUUGUAUGGAUGUUUUUCCUUUUGUACACAGGUAUAUACAGGUGUGUGUGUGUGUGUGUGUGUGUGUGUGUGUGUGUGUGUGUGUGUGUGUGUGUGUGUGUGUGUGUGUGUGUGUGUGUGUGUGUGUGUGUGCGCACGCACAUGUGUACACAGUAGGGAUGUACCCAACGCUGAACGCUUCCUGCAGGAAAACACAAAUAAUGUCAUGGAAACAGUUUUUUUUUUUAAAUAUGUCAGCUCCAUGAUUGACAUGUCUCAGUGUCAGACAUGUUUCUUCAGACCGAAUCUUAACAGAGAGGCUGAGAGGACUGGUCAUACUGGGACAGAGAGACUGAGAGGACUGGUCAUACUGGGACAGAGAGACUGAGAGGACUGGUCAUACUGGGACACAGAGGCUGAGAGGACUGGCUUUAGUGGUUAAGGACGUUGCAGUGCACAAACCACACAUGUUGUCCAAUCACCGCAUUGCCUAGCAACAUAGCGUUGUGUGUGUGUGUCGCUCUCUUUGCUUUCAUAUGAGUUUGUUAUGUUUCAACAUGUCUUCUGUGAUGUUUUAUUCUGCUGUUGAAUUGACAGUUUUUUAAUUUCUUUAGCCUGAUCUUACUGGUUCACCCUCUGCGGUGCUCAUAGCUCUUUUAUGUAUUUGUUCCAUUGUCUUUUUACAAUUGAUUAUUUGUGGUAUCCACAGGCAACCAAAUCUGACUAGAGCCAUGGAAUUUAUUGUCUGUUUGGACGUCAGGGCUUGAUGGUGUGACGUUGUUCCAUUUAAUGCAGUUGCAGCCCCCUGUAUUGCCUUGGUAUAAUAUUCUAGCACUCGUUACACCUGUGCACGUUUCCAGAGCUGCAGCAACGUUAACACAUCAAGACCUUCAAAGACAGCAUCGUUGGAAAUUAAGAUUAUUUUUCUAUUGCCUAGCUUUAUGCAUAUAGUUUCCACUUCCAAUGUAUAACACAAUCUUUUGAUUUUUAAAAGGUUUCUGUGUUCAGUGUCUGUUCAAACAGAUCAUACAAUAUAGUUUAGUUAAAAAUAUAAAAGGUUAAAGAGAUAAUGUGGAAAUAUAUUUCAUGAUUAAUUAUAGGCCAACAUUCGAAAGCAUUUCCACUGAACAUCAGGUUAGAAAAUACAACAUUUGUCCGAUUCGUCGUGACUCCUGGUCUUCUCACUGAAGACAGAUACAGAGACAUGUAAUGGCAUCUGUGCACCUCUAGUCUGCACACAUGCAUGUGUGUGUACAGUAUCUGUGCAUGUACAGGUGUGUGUGUGUGUGUGUGUUUAUAGUACCUGAUUUAUAUAUAUUGCUAUAAUCCAUUAACGGUCUGUCCUGCGAACUGAUUCAUAUGUGAUCAGUUAUUUUAUUUGCCUUUUUUCCCUCCUUGUCUUUUUUAAUUUUGUUCCUUAAGCUCUGUAACUCCAGUACUACUAUGUCAUGUAAUCACUUACAGAAUAAAGACAGGUGGUGGGGGUCAGCUCUGUGGUUUUCCCACCAGAAUUCUCAAACUCA